AAGUAAAUAAACACACAAAAUGUUUAUUUUUGUAUCCUCGUGAUUGGAGAGAAGAUACUUUUUCUAACGUACGUUUUUACCAUGGAUCUAAACCAUGAAGUACAAGAAGGUGUACAACUAUGUGGCGAGUCAGUGCAGGUGCCAGAUAAAACCUUUCAAAAACUUAUCGUGACAGCAUACGACAUCAUUUUGGGAAAACAAGAUGACAGCAGUAUUGGUGAUUUGGUAAAGUCUGGCACAUUCAAGCAAGCUUAUUAUGGUGUGGUAACGUUAAUCUUAGAAGCAGUAAAAGUCAAUAGUAGUGUAAAUGAUUUGAGUUCGUAUUUGGAGGAAUGUAAGUGGGACUCCGAGAGAAUCCAAUUUUUCAAUAACGCAUUCACAAAAAAUUUUCCACAUAUUCAAGCUUUAUUGAGCAGUUCGAGAAAAGUUUUUCCACAUAUUGUUGAUAUUGACUGGCGUUUGGAUUAUUACGUAAAGAAUAAGCAUCUAGAUAAAGUAAACAAACCUACUUACUUGAUCUCGUUGAAAACUGAGGAAAGUGACAAAAAUGGAUACAAUGAUAUUCAAUUUUCAUGUUCCCUUGAACAGCUACAGGAUCUUGUUGGGAAGUUAAAAGACGCUUGCAAAAGUUUGGAGAAAGCAUGCCAAAUGUAGAUAAUAAAACAAAAAUAAAUAGUUUCACUACAAUCUCCGAUUUGUCUAAAAACAAAACGGUGCUAUAAAAUAUAUCUCUAUAAAAAAUUGUGUAGGUCAAUAUGAAGUGCCAAGUGAAUUACGUUUGAAAUUUGAAAAGAGCGCUAUUUUAAAGAGGCAAUUUUUACGUAGAUUUUAAUCAAAUUCAAUGGCUCCUAUUACAUAGUGCCUGAAAUUAGCAUUGAGGUGUUCAGGACAAAAUCAGUUGAACUGGGAGGCAGGAACCCAACUACACUGUUUUAGUAUUAUUUCGUUCAAAUCCAGAAAACUUUUUACAGUCAGAUACUUAUAGUCAUGCUUGUAUUAGAAAAGGUAAGCUGUUAUACAAUUUACGUUUAAGUCUCAACACCCCGCAUACACAACUUGGUUUUCAGCAAAAAUUUGAAAGUUGGAAGUUUACUUUUUCAAUUGAUACGUACAUAUUUUAAGUAAUCCUUCACAGUUAAAAGACACAUAAAAAUUAAAUAAACAAAGUAAUUUUGUUGAUCGGAAGCAUUUGUGCUUUUCUUUCACCUUUGGUCUGUUAGUUGUUUGUGAGAAAAUAAGUUGUUGUACCUAUCACAAUUGUGUUUUUUCUUCCGUGCUUUCUUAAUUUUAAAUGUCAACCUAUAUAUCAUUAUUGUGCAAUAUAAAAUAGAAUAAAUUUUUACAGCAUUUGCUAAUGUCAA